ACAUCCGCUAGAUAAUUUUUGUGUGUUGUACUUGAUAACUAUACAGAUAUUAUCUACCUAAAUAUAGUUAUAAAGAUAUUAUCUUCUAGAUAACUUUGUACUGUUAUUUGCUUUAUAAGUUUAUAGCGACUUAAUGGCGAUCCUAUACUGGAACUGUAAUGAGUUUGCUUGCUUGCAUGCGUAUAGUGGUAACCGAAGAGAGAGAGAGAGAGAGAGAGAGAGAGAGCUCCGCAACAAAAGCAGCAAGCAAACCAAUGUAAGAUUGAUACAGUUUAGUAGUAUAAUAUUGUCUAGUUGCUGUUUUUGUCGAAGUAGUAGAAAUAAGAUUAAACAUUAAAGUGAGACUUUGAUCUUCGGACUCCUUUUAGUUCGAAUACAUUUAAAACAUUCCGAAAGACGAAAGUUGGUUCGCUCAGUCCUAAAUUCCACAUUAUAUUGUCAACGCUGCUGUCUGUAAUCUGAUAAGACAAAAUUCCUGAACUGAUUUGAUCUGAAAAUAUCCGGGAUCAGCUUGCCUGGAUUUUAAUUUUCGCACAUUAUAUUUUCUAAGUACAUACUUGCUCGGCCGAAAGUAAAACGGAAGUUCAUAUUAAAAAAAUGCAAUAUAUUAGCUAUUAAAUAAGUAUUUCCUUAGUUAAUAUGAAAGCCAGUCUGGGUAUAGUUUUUACAAGUUAUAUAGUUUUUACAAGUGGUAUACGUAAUUCCCUCCCUUAUUAAUCAACGAUCUACAAAUCAAAGGUCGAAAUUAAUUAAAUACCAUAGAUUCAAAGUAAACACGGAUAUUACCAUAUUUCUUAAUCUAAUGUAUCUAUACAAGUGCAGGGUGGCAUCUCGCUAUGGUUAAUGUUAUAUUUCAGUAUUUUAUGUUGAAUGAUAUUUAAUUUUCCUGAAGUUUAUUUGCAUAUUAUUUGUUGAUUAUUCCUGUUGUCAAGGAGUAAUUAAUGGGUAGAUGAGUAAGAGUCAGAUUACUAAAACUGACUAACAUCUAGUCUUAGGACACGAGUAUACUAAUUAUAACCAUCUUUAAUGACAAUUUUCAAUAUUACUUGAGUUAUAUUUUAUCAUGUUCAGCUGAGCAAGUGAGAAUAACACGGUUAUAACAAGUGAAAGGCUUAGUUGAGGUUCACAAACUUCAGAUUCUGCAUUGGUGACUUAAACUAGUUUUAUGCAUGCAACUGUCAUCUUCCCUCAAGCUUUUUCCUAAUAAAAAUAAUUUAAAGUUAAGUAAAAAGUAAAAAUAUGAGACAUUAGCUAUAACUUUAUAGAAACUAAAACAACUGAAAUAGUGUAAAACCAAACCAAUGCCCACUACUAAUACAAGGUACAAAAUGUAGGGCAUAAACAUAACAGAGUGAAACGGGCCAAAUAAGAAUAACAAUAAAGCUCUUCACCCCAGCAUCUAGCAUGAUGUAAUACCACGUUACAGUGUAACGUUACACCGGACUUGCCAAAACGAAGGUACCAGCAGUAAUCUAAUCGUCAAGCAAGUAGUCCAGUGUAUCAAUCAUAGUAAAUUUAUCUUUAAAGCCAUGCUUCUGCGACAUAUGUCGGUAUCUACUACUUAAUAAUUUCUUUUUAAAUCCUAAAUUAACGAAAGAGUUAAGCAUUAUCUCAACCAAUCUUUUAAAACCAUUAAAAUUAUUGCAAAUCCUAAAAAAUCUAACGAGUUGAGAACCAAAUACUCCAAUGAGUACAUGUUACUACAAUAAGGAGAAUACUGAACGAUUUUGAACGGAAAAUCGUCCCGUUUAAUCAUAAACUCUAACUAUAAAGUGCCCCUCUUCUAUAGAUAUAUCCAAAUCUAAAACAGGAGCCUUGGUAUAUAACGUGUUAAUAGGUAGACAACACCUGAUCGAUUAAAAAUUUCAAAACUGGAUUGGUUUUAACUCUCUCUCUUACAUCUGUUAAUCAUCUGCGGUUAUGAACUGUGAAUGCUUCGUCUUCACAGCAGAAAUGAAUUUUAUAAACAUUUUGUAAUUACUCACCAUGACAAACCACAAAGUUGAGUCGUGCGACUUUUCCACAUUUUUCAACUUUUUCACGUAAAUUGUUUUAAAAUAUUUAAUUUGGUGUGAAUUUUAAUAGAUGGUAUUUAACUGUUAUUCAAAAGUAUGAAAUUUGAAUUUGAAGUACAAAGUCAGAUUCUCAAUCAAUCAUAUCGAUAUAGUUUUUUAAGUAACUUAUCGUUUUAGUUGACUAAACUUUUAAUCUGUCAAUUAUCAGACUAGGCAUUCAAGAGCAAUCAUAAAAGUAUGAGUUAUAAAGUUUCUGUAACUAUUAUUUCGCGGUCAACUAAGAUGAUCAUUGAUCCUUGAUUCAGACUUCUUUGCCGGCAGUGAUAUGUAAACAUCACGUUUCCAGAAUCAAUCGAGAAAUCAUCUGAUCAUGAUGAAUCAUCUCCGACUGUUCUAAUCAUUUAAUUGGGCUCCUCAUGCUUAUUAUUUGUGUGCCCUUUGAAAGAUUGCCGUCGUGAUUCUGCAUGCUCAGCAACGUAAAUAUAACGGAACGAUCACUGUUUUACAGCAGACAUGAUCAUCAAUACCAUGCUCGCCUGCAUGCUUGAAGUAGUUUUACUGAUUUGUAAAAACAACGCGUAUAAGUCACAAACAUGUGCCCCACAACGCCAGUCAAGCACACGGAGAGAGAGCAGUAACUCCCACAUUACCUCUUUGUACAACGCAAUCAAGUUAUGUGUCUUGUGUCUUGUGUACACAUGAUGUUUAUUAUUAGUCCGCUAGUUGAAGGUAGCUCUCGCUCUUAGCUUGGUCUCUGCAGUGUUGUAGUAGUUCUCUUCUUUGUGUGCUCUUUAGCUCCGCUCUGACAUCUGUAUUUGUGUUAUUUGAGCCGAGCAAAUUAUCGGCUUUUUACUUUUUGUAAGGGUGGGUAAUUUUGGUAACCUGAUAAUGAAAUUUACUGUGAUACAGUAUUAGUUGCCAUGGUAACAUAUUGAUAGUAAUGUAACAGAGACGUGAUCUCUAUGUAUUCUUUGAACAGUAUAUUUCGUAUUUCUCGUUGUUUUGUCCUGAUUUGCUAAAUUAUUUGUAGCAUGUAGAAAUUUAGUGAUGACAGUGUACAGUAACUAAUUCCACAAUGUAGACUGACGAACUACUGAAUGGGAUUAUUUGGGCGGAAGGGGUUUGGCAGCAAAGCCGAUGGGCAAGAUAAAAAGGGCGGGGGCCUCAGUUGGCUGGAGGCUAUUGCGGAGGCAAAAAUUAAAAACGCCAAGAUGAACGAUCUCAAGAAUAUUUACCAUGAUAAUCAGAAUUCAGGGGCGCAUAUGGUGUGGCAGCACUUAAGAGAUCAAAGUGGCAACAAGAUGGAAACUUCGUCCAAAAACAAGCCGCACCACGAACAUUAUGUUCAGAGGGCUCUAAAGAAGGCGGCACAAAACGAGAACUUUAAUUCGAGAGACAGCAACUUCAUAUCUACAAGCAGCCGGGAUCAAGUUUUAUUGAUGUACAGAGCAGCUCAGAAAAACAAAACAAAAGCAGGUCAGAUGCUGGUUGGGAAAGGGAGAAAAGAAAACUUGAACUAUUAUCCAGGGAUGCUGAAUAGUGCAUUUAAUGAUCAUAGCAGCGAUACAGUCAUCACUGAUUACGAGGCGGAAGAUGGAGAUGAAAAUAGUAGGCGGACACCAAGUGAGUCCAGCACGGCAGCGUAUCAGAAGAUCCACGUGGAGCCCCUGGCUAAGUCCUCCAGAGACGUUUCCAGAAGUUCGCACUCGUGGCAACCUCUAUCCAUGACUGCUUUACAGGAAUAUUCCCCGCAAAUAACUGUGACUACAAAAGCCGUGACAGAACAAGAAAAAAUGUGGAGAGUUCUUUGAACAGACUACAAAGGCGUAUAUUUACUACAAUACAUACCGAGGGUGAAAAUACAGAUUUUUUAUUAAAGAUUUCCCUAGAUCUUUACAGAUAUUCUAAAUCGAGAUUAAAGUAAAAACAAGAUUAAACUUAAGAAGAUAUGCUGAAUUUUUAUUAUAUGAUAAAGUUGUUUUGUAUAUUAUUUCUAUUUUUGUCAUUGUUA